AUGAACGUGAGCUUUCUCUUCAGCCUCCCCUGCAACCUGGCGGAGUUCAAGGGAGCGGCGAAGCUGCUGGCGGACGCGGCUGCGCUCCCUUUGAGGGAGUGCGGUGCGAAGGGCGGCGUGGCGGUGCCUGGGCUGUUCUGUGGGUGUGACCCGGAGGGCAGGCCGCUGGGCUCCGGCGGUGGCACGGUGCACCUGCUGCACGCAUGCUACGUGGACGAGCAGCGCCACGCACCUGCGUCCGCGAAGAGGUCGUUCCUGUCGUGGCUGCGGCUGGCGGACAACGAUGGCCGCGUGAUUGUGCACGCUGGCGGCCUGAGCCGCCGCCUGCCGGCGUACGCGGCGAUGGGCAAGGCGCUGCUGCCGCUGCCGCCGCGCCGGUGGCACCGUGGCAGCCAGCUGUCUCGCACGCUGCUCUCGACGCAGGUGCCGAUGUACCGGGAGAUAGUGGCGAUGGCGCCUGCGCGCCUGCGCACGCUGAUUGCGUGCGGCGACGUGUGCGUGGAUGCGAGGGGUGCGCUGCCGUCGCUGGCGCACUUCGCGGACAGUGACGUGCUGUGCUUUGGCAUUAACGCAGACGCGAGCCUCUUGCAGGACUACGGCGUGCUCUUCACUGCACGCGAGAGGCCACUCGACCUGGACUACAUGUUGCAGAAGCCGUCGCUGGAUGAGGUCCGCCGGCGCGUGGCGGAGGGCAGGCACUCGGUUCUUCUGGAUGUGGGCAUGUGGAUGCUGAGCGACCGCGCGGUGGAGGUGCUGACUCGCAAGUGUCUGGGCGGAGCGCUGGACGCGGAGGACGCGACCGACGGCGGGUACGACGGGCACCGCUGCACGGCGGUGCGCACCGCGUACGACCUGUACUCGGAGUUCGCUUCUGCGCUGGGCAACAACGCGCCGAUCGCGGACCCGGAGAUCGCGGGGCUGAAGGCGAGCGUUGUGGAGCUGCGCGACGCUGAGUUCCUGCACUACGGGACGAACCGGCAGCUGAUCUCGGCGGUGGCGACGCUGCAGGGGCGCGAGUCGCCGACGCCGCCGUGGUCGUGGGGCACGCCGCUCGACGGCGUGCUUGCGCCUGAGCGCGGCGGCGGGGGGGAGGAGCUGGACUUUGCUGCUGGCGACGCGAUGCCGCUGCUUGCGACGCCGUCGUCUGUGAUUGUGCAGAACUCCGUGGUGCUUGCGCCGCUGGACGGGUCCGCUGCCGCCGCUGCUGCGGAUGCGCCGGCUGGUGCGCCGCUGUCGCCUGUGCGGCAUCUGUGGGUGGAGAGCAGCUGGGUGGGCGCGCGGUGGGCGCUGCGGGACCAGCACAUUCUGACGGGGGUCCCGCGCAACGACUGGGCGCUUGCGCUGCCGCCCGGCGCGUGUGUGAGCGUCGUGCCUGUGCUGCCCGCUGCGCUUGGCGGCUGCGGUGACGGUGCUGUGCCGCACGCUGCGCGGCCGUACCACAUGGACGACGCGUUCUGCGGCGACGUGCGCAGCGGCUCGACGAUGUACAUGGGUGUGCGCCUGCACGACUGGCUGUCGAGCCGCGGGUUCAGCGUAGCGGAGCUGUACCCCGCUGCGCGUGCUGCGGACGGCGGUGCUGCGCAGCCGCUGGACAUGUACGAGGCUGCGCUGUUCCCGGUGUGCGCGACGGAGCAGCAGCUUGGCGACUUCCUGUACGUUGCGACGCUGCCGCUGGAGGCUGCGACCGGCGGCUGCGCUGGCGUGGACGCUGCGCGGCUUGCCGCUGGGCAGGCUGUGUGGCGGACGCAGCCGCGCGUGUCUGCGAUGGACCUGCUGCGGCUGACGGACGUGCCUGCGAUGCUGCGCAACAGCGAGUACUACGAGCGGCGCAUGCUGACGCUGAUGCUUGCGCUUGUGGCGGGUGACCCCGCGGCGCCGCGUGCGCGGUCGCCGGUGCUGCCGGGCCCGAUGGUUGCGCUGCUGCAGCAGCAGUUCUUCCUGCUGGACCUGAACCGCGUGGCCCAGCGCGUCGUGGAGCUGGGCGUGCCGCUGCCGCGGCACAGCGGGCCGACGGAGUGGUGGGGCGGGGUGGACGCAGCUGGGAACGCGGUGGCGCUGUCGCGCCAGGUGGCCCCGGCGGCGCCGUUUGCGAAGGGCGCGGCUGCGAGUGCGGGGAGCUGGGCGCAGGUGUUCUCGGACGAGGGCAGCCCGAGCGGUGGCGGCAGGGGUGCGCCGCUGUGCACCGCGCCUGGCCGCAUCGUGGCGGCGCACUACCACGCGUUUGCGAGCCGCCUGAUGGAGCUUGCGCUGGAGGCGAUGGAUGCCGCGGAGCCGCCGGUGUCUGCGGCGGAGAAGGCGCGGCGCCUCGCGCUGCUGCGUGCGUCGAGCGCGGAGGAGGCCCGCUCGCUGGUGGCUCUGCACGAUGCCGCCGCGCUCGCGGAGCUACGCGCGGCCAUCAUGGACUCCUUUCCCGAUGAGCGCCACGACCCGGAGAUGAGCGUGCACCUUGACCAAAUCAUCUGGGGCCGCUGCCCCAUCCGCAUCGACGUGGCGGGGGCAUGGACGGAUACGCCGCCAUACGCGAUCCUGAGCGGCGGCAGCGUGAUCAACGUUGCCGUGGAGCUGAACGGGCAGCCGCCGGUGCAGGUGUACGUGCGUGUGCGCGAAGACCCGAUCAUCAUGAUGCAUUCGAUCGACUCCGGCGAGCAGCUGAGCGUCUCGAGCUUCGACGAGAUCCGCACGUACGCGACGAUGCAGAACCCGUUCUCGAUCCCGAAGGCUGCGCUUGCGCUGUGCGGGUUCUUGCCCGAGUUCUGCGCGACGGAGUACGCGACGCUGCGGGAGCAGUUGGCUGCACGGUUUGGCGGCCACGGGCUGGAGAUCUCGCUGUUUGUGGCGAUCCCGACGGGGUCCGGGCUGGGCACGAGCUCCAUUGUUGCCGGCACCGUGCUGCGGUCGCUGGCGGAGUUCUGCAAGCUGCCGUGGGACAACCACGAUGUGUGCCGCCGCGUGCUGCUGAUUGAGCAGAUGCUGACUGCUGGUGGCGGGUGGCAGGAUCAGUACGGCGGCCUGUUCGAGGGCCUGAAGCUUGUGCAGUGCGUGCCUGGGCUGCCGUGCCUGCCGACGGUGCGCUGGAUGCCGGACAGCGUGUACACGGACCCAAGGUUCGCCGCGUGCCACCUGCUGUACUACACGGGCAUCACUCGCAUGGCAAAGGGCAUUCUCGGCGAGAUUGUGCGCGAUGUCUUGCUGAACAAUGGCGCGACGCUGCAGCUGCUGCGUGAGAUGGGUGGGCCCACCACUGCCGCGAUGUACGACGCGAUCACGACGGGCAACUACAAGGGCUACGCGCGGCUUGUGCACCGGACGUGGGAGCAGAAGAAGCGGCUGGACGACGGCGUGUGCAACCCUACCGUGCAGUCGAUCGUGGACAUUGUGGAGCCGUACGUGUGGGGUUUGACGCUGCCCGGCGCUGGCGGUGGCGGCUACAUGUACAUGUGCGCGAAGGACGAGGCGUGCGCUCGCCGGAUCCGCGAGCUGCUGACGGCGAACCCGCCGAACGGCAAUGCCCGCUUCGUGGAGAUGAGCGUGUCGGCGUCCGGCCUCCAGAUCAGCCGGUCUUAG